AUGCACGUUGUGAUCAAUUGGCAGGUUGCGAAUGCACCCCUCACCCUCUUCUAUAUGCACCCCGUCAGCAGUGUACCCACACCGACCUCCACAACCGGUCGCCUCGUCUUCUCCCGCAAGCCUCGUCGACCACUCCACAUGCUCGCUCUUACGGAUGACGCCGCAGCGAACUGUACCAACGGAUUCCGCGCUUCCACUGUCUCCCCCACGACCACCGCAGCGCACUCAGUCACACUCUCAACCCCUUGCUUGCCUUUACCACCAAGCUCUCCGCAAGUCGUCCCUACCUACCGCCAAGAGGCAAUAUCCGACGAACUGACUUUGGGCAUCCUCACCGUUCUCAACCGCCUCCUCUCGGAAGUACCUGCACCCAUUCAGAUCGACAUUAUCGACGUCACCGGACUCACUUCCCCCCUUCUACUCGCUGUAACGCAAUCUUUCCGCUCCUUGCCAUCCACCUCGUACUCCAUCCGCAUCACGGGCGCUCACUUCGUUAACUCUUACAACAUCCUCCUCAAGGUACUCGGUGUCAACCUCUCCGGCACAUCUAAGACGCCGAGGGAUUACGACUUCACGUCGCUCCUACAGUGGAAACGUUGGAAACAACUCAUGUUGGAGGACAUGGUGACAAUGCACUGGGCGUACGUCCAUUCCCACCCCUCGAAACUCCCACCCUACUGGCUCCCAGCCUUCGUCUCGAUGCAUCAAGAUGUCUUCUCCCGCUGUUCCGGCGACUCGAAAGCCCCAGCGCGAACGUUCACGAGGCAAGGCCAGGUUGAACGCGCUGUAGGAGGGGAUCACACGUCCCGGGAAACCUGAGGCGGACAAGAGUAUUGGGCCUGAACGGUAACAAAAGCUUGCAGCAACGACUGCCUGAUGAGAGUACAGCAUGAUCUUUUGUGUGGAGAAGACAUUCUCGCCGAAUGACGCCCCAAGGAAAAGACAAUAGUUCCUCUGAGACCGGCUCCUCGCCGCUGAAGAUGUGCCCGUCCAGCGACUCGCUCCUCCCCGGCGGGCUCGGUUUCCAGAUGAUGAACGAACACCAUAGCGGGAACGCCGAGAGCCGCCUCCAUAAGCGAGAAUGCAACACCGAUUAGUAUCUGUGGUCCAUAAGGCUGGUUGCUUGCCACCUGUGGUGAAGAACGUACUUCACCCUUGGGUCCUUCACUCAAUGCCGCAGAGUGAGUCCAAUGUUUUCAGUCAGCAAGGAAGGAAAUGUUGGCGUGAGGAGGGGCCGAGGGGCAGUAGGGUGUUACUCUAGCAACACGGGAGGGGGAAGCAGCAGUACCAACCAGUUUUGGAUGGCGGAGGUGGGAUGCUGUGGACACUUUGACUCCCUGUCUGCGAAUGCUGGGAGGAGGAGGAUGUAUGCUCUCUGCGGAGGAGUGAGAAACUCAUUCCUUGAGCCUUUGUCUAACAAGUUGUAUUCAGCUGCCCUUCACUAACCUACCCUCUCUUAAACGCGAA